AUGAAUGAAUCGUCGAGUGAGAAAGGAACUGUAGCUAGCAGUGUGAGUGACGAUUCGGGUGAUAUGUCAGAGGAGCAUAUGAGCAAUUUGAGGAAGAGAGUUAAGAAGGAACCAGUCAAUGCUCUUGAGGUUUCAGAAUCUUUAGGGUAUCAAACGUUUAGAAGAAAGAUGAGGAAAAUAUGGACCAAAGAAGAAGAUGAUCUGCUUAGAAAAUUGGUUAACGAAUCGUUAGUAAAUUUGGGAUAUCCGGAUGGUAUCAAAUCUAUUAAAACAAUUCAGCAAUCUAGUAAUGUUGUCAAAAAAAUUCCCUGGGAUCAGCUUGCCAAGCAAUUCGAAUUGGAUAAUAAGAAAGCGACGGAUGUGAAAAAGAGAUGGACUAGUUCUUUAGAUCCUGUAUUGAAGAAAGGUAAAUGGACACCAGAGGAGGAUGAGCUUCUCUUAAAAUCAUAUGAACACCAUGGUCCGCAAUGGUUUAAGAUUUCCUACGUUUUAGAGAAUAGAACUGAAGACCAAUGCGCGAAGAGGUACAUCGAAGUGCUUGAUCCCAGUACUAAAGACCGACUACGACCUUGGGAUGAGACGGAAGAUCUUCUACUUAUAGCGAAGGUCAAGAAAUAUGGUACGAAAUGGAGGCAAAUAUCGACGGAAAUGGAUGCUAGGCCAAGUUUAACCUGUAGAAAUCGUUGGAGGAAAAUUAUCACUAUGGUUGUUAGAGGCGUUGCAUCUGAAACCAUAAAAAGCGCUGUACAAGCUGGAAACAUGGAUGCAGGUAACGAGAUGACCAGAUUAGGUGAAGAAAACGAAAAGGAAAACAAGACUGAUGAUGACGAAGAUGUUUCACGUCCUAUGUCAACUUCAAAUACGCCACAACCUUCAAUGAAGAGCCCGAGUGGUACUGUAAAGAGAGAAGAAUCGACACCUAUGAUAUUUGACAUGACUAACAGAACUAAUUCUAGUGCGGCAUUGUUGGAUGUCUUGAAAACUGGAAAAAUCAAUGCGAAUGAUGGACAACAACCACACCAAUCUAACGAAAGAUCGACAGCCACCCCAGAUCCAGCUGUUUUAAAUAGCAUAAUAUCGCCUUCACCGCAUUACAACUCUCCACAUCCUUCUAUUUUUGUUGGCAGCAUCAACAAAAAAGAAUCUGCAUUACCAUCACCUAGCACAUUUCUUCCAAUACCCAAUGUCGAAACUAGGAAACAACAACCAGAAACAACAGUUGACUGGAAAUUUAGUCUGAAGGAAUCUUCAGGUCAUACCUUAUCCAACGGUGUUAUAUCAAACGCUGACUUGGUAAAACAGUUAAUAAAUCAUGCCAAGGCCAAUGAUUUGAAAAUAUCAAUUCACCAGCAUAUUCACAACCAUUAUCUGGCUCCCAGACAAAUAUCUCCACCUCCGUUAAUGUUACCACAGCAACAACAAAAUAAACACAUUGGUAAUACUACUUCAAAUUCACAAGAUCUUCCAAAAAUUAGAAGCCCGUCCUUCUCUGACUUCGAAACUGAUUUUCUAUCCAAAACUCCAAACUUCAACAAUUGGGGAUUGGACGAUGAAACUCAAAGUCCAUCGGCUCUCAACGAUAAACUACAACGAUUUUAUCAUCAUCAUCACCAUCAUCAUCAUGAUUCGCUAGAUGAAGCUCAAGAGCAGAACAUAAAACAACAGCAUUUAAUGAACGGGGCUAAUUAUGCACAAAACGGCUUAAGCCAGUUGCCACCAAAUCCUACAAGUUCCACUGCAUCUUAUCCAUCGCCUACAGCUCCAGAAAUCAGAGAAAUAGGGCCAAGUAGGCACUCACAUUUCAAUUAUUUACCACCCACGGUCAAGCCACAGCUUGGAUCCAGUGAAAACGCCAAGACAGUUGAAUUAAGCCGAUUGUUAAAUCCAAGUCCGAAUGGACUUCAUGGACAUAAGAGGAAACAAACAAAGAGAAGAGGUAAAAAUGAAUCCAGAAACUCUAGUGCUGCAGGAUCGACAGGAAAUACACCAGCUGAAGAUUUUGAUCGCAAUGGACCCAAGAAUAAAGUAACCCCAAGCACCGUGUCCUCAAUAUCAAUUAUGGAAGAAGAUGGUAAUGAUUUCUGGGAGAAUCUACGCUCACUGGGAGGUAACAUUGGCAGUGAUGGAAAAAGCUCAGAACGGAAGUCUCCUAGUAUUUCACACAUAAAUGAUCUCUUUCAAAAUACAGAAAAUGCUGCUGAUACACCAACUGGCUACGAUGCCAUCUUUAAAUUUUGCGAGCAGAAGCAAAUGGACGACAAGCAAUCAACCGAAGAAGUUGUAGCUGAAUUCGCCAUCAAUCCAAGCUGA